CACUAAAAUCCACCUCUGCUCAACAGAAGCUGCUGGUUCGCUCUCACUUUUCAGGCAGCAGAGCUCUCUCUCCUCUACUCUGCUCAAGACCGUCACUACUGCGCAGGCUGUUAAGGGAUCAACACUCUGUUACAAAGAUGGAGUCCCCCCUGACAGAACUUCCCACAUUGCUGCCCAAUCGAUCCAUGGAGAGCUGCCCACCUGUGGACAGUACAGUGGAGAACAUGAUCUUUGGAUUCUACUACAUUAUAGUUUUCCUUCUGGCGCUGAACGGCAAUAGCCUUGCCCUGUGGAUCUUCGCCCGCCAUAGAGGAAACUCUUCUCCAGCCAAUGUCUUCCUGCUUCAUCUUGCUGUCGCUGACCUGUUUUACAUCUUCGUUUUACCCCUCAGAGCCACUUAUCACUUAACUGGGGGACAUUGGCCAUUUGGUGAAAUUCCCUGCCGUCUUGCAGGCUUCUUCUUUUAUGUCAACAUGUAUGCCAGUUUGUACUUCCUAGCCUGUGUUGCAGGUGAUAGAUACCUUGCUGUUGUACAUGCUGUUCGUUCCCUCAAGGUCAGGCGCCCUCUUUACGCUCACAUAGCCAGUUUUGCACUAUGGGCUUUGGUGAUAGUGUCUAUGGCGCCCCUACUGGUCACCAAGCAGACUGCAGAAGUCAACGGCUCUACCAUAUGCUUGCAACUGUACAGAGAAAAGGCCUCACGGCAUGCCCUCGUCUCUCUGGCCGUAGCCUUCAUGCCACCUUUCAUUGCCACGCUUUCUUGCUACCUGAUGAUAGUGAACAGUCUGCGGAAAGGUUCAAGGCUGGAGCCAGCACUGAAACUCCGAGCUCUCCGCACCAUUGGUCUGGUCAUGCUUAUCUACAUAGUGUGCUUUCUGCCCUAUCACUUAAGCCGUGCAACCUUCAUCCUGGGUUACGGACACCCAGACUUAUCCUGCCAAAUCAAACGAGGACUAGCCCUGGCUAACCGGCUUACUUCCUCUCUCACCUGCCUGAAUGGGGCUUUGGAUCCCCUGGUCUACCUGUUUGCUGCUGAGAAGUUUAGGGAAAGCGUUCGCAGAAUUUUUUGCAGAGACAAGUCAGGGGGGUCCGGCACUGCAAGCGGGGACCUGAAAGGUACACAUGAGAGCUCCCUGAACGCAAAGUCUGAGUUCUGAGCGAGCGAUUAAAAUCUUAAAGAUGGUUUGGAUAUUUUUCAUUGGAUUUAGUGAUUCGGCCUACACUUACUCAGUAUAUGGUCAAUUAAAGAUCAGGAACUUUUAACAGCCUUAUGUAUAAUAACCAAGCUUGUGAUUUGGGCAUGUUAAAGUAACUGUAUGUAAAUUUAAAGAUCAGUUACAGCAUCACUCUGUGAUGGUACACUGACUUAAGGCAAAUGGCAAAUUUUUUUCCAGAAAUUAAAAAGUAUGUGACAUUUACGCGCAAUCCCGAAAUGUUAACCACUGUUUCCUCAUCGCUGUCAUUUUUGUUACGUUAAUUUUGUUAUUGAGAGGAAAGCGCGCAGCACAUUAAAUAUUCAUCACAACGUCGCUCUCAGCAAUGUUGGAUGGCAUCUGGAUGUUCGCUUGCAAAGGUAUUUCCAAUUUUUUAGUUCUAAGGAAAGAACGAAAAAAGAAUUUCGCCAUGACCAGGUAUGACUCACACAUCCUGAAAAGUGAAGCUGCGGGCUCUUUGAUCGCCCCCUGGUGGCUGGCUGCAGUACAGAUCAUAAACCCCGCCCUCUCCAUGCAAACGAAUGGGACUUGAGUCAAAAUAAAAAAAAUACUUUACACUUUCAAUACAAUUUUUUGAAAGAUGGUUUGGUCAUUUAAGGUACGCUGAUAUAUGUUCAGUUGUAAAUUAUAUUACAAUUUUUGCGUUUUUUUAACUAUAGGGCCACUGAAUCACGUUCAAUCUCUUGUAUGUUACGUGUGCACUAGUGCGAGCACGAGCAAAUAAGUUGUUGGCUGCAGUUCACUUAACGGCCACCAGUACUUGCUAAUAAUUACAAAGGUUUCCGAAUUGUACAUAAAGCCUUUAAUUGCACAGGGCUCCAAAGUUGCAAAAAUACCCAAAACUACAUAGAGUUGCUUUAAAGUGAAAGACUGUAGGCUACAAGUGACUGUUAAAUAUCAGUCAGUUGCCAGAACACAGUGGACGAGGACUAAAAACUGCAUCAAGGCUCAAGAAGGCCUAAACUGUGUAUAAGACUGUGUUGCCUUUUAAAAAUUAAUGUUGUGUUUUUAUUAGCAUAUUACCUGUUUGCUAAUGACGUGCUUUGACUGUAUAUUUUGCAAGCACUUCCUUCUUCAUGAAAUCAGUGUAAAACUAAUGAUUUUCAUACUUGGUGUAAAAACUGCAUAUAUAAUCAUGUUUUAUGGUCCCCAGGGGGAUUUUCUGGUUAUAGCACCAUAAGCUGUGGUAAGAAUGUGUGAAGGUUAACAAACCAGUGAGUCGUCGAAAUGAAUACUACUUUUCUUUUUUACAUUCCUUGAUGGCUUUUUAAUAAUAUUUGUUAUUAAGACUAUUUAGAUGCAUGUGUACUUAACACUAUAUAGUCAAUUAAUAUCAUUAAUUAUACCUCUUAUAGUUUAAGGUAUACAAGUAAAGAUUUUUAGUGGCAUAUAAUACUGGUUUAGUUUUCACUUGUUGUAAUGAAGUUGUAUCAUUAUUUAUAUUAUUUUAAUUACUGUAACCAACUGGUAUAAAUAUAUUUUAAGUGUUAUCAUACUUAUUUCAUUAUUUUUUUUCUGUAUUUCUCAACUAAAAUCCAUCUAUGAGUCAAUUUGUAAAUGCAUUUAAAUCAGCUGAAUAAAUGUUUUUAACCUCAAA